UUUUUUUUCUCUCUCCGUAGUCGAUGUCCCUGCAUCAUACAUGGUGGCUCACUGUCACAGCGCCACUACCCCUCUCUAAUAUUGCCUCGUGGCAGCUCGCUGAGCUCAAAGGACGGGCGGCUCGUCCCCUACUCCCCAAUUCCUCUUAUCGCAUAUUCUUCUUCCUCUCCUCGCCUAUCCUCUCAUCUUUUCCCAGCAUCACAAGGUUACCUCGGCUUUCUCCAUUUUUGCUUUCUUUAGGGUUUUAUCUUUCCAGAUUCAAGCAUGAAUCAAACUUAUUAUCUGUCAACGAUACUUUAUUGUGAUCCGGAAGAAAUCGGAAAUGCCUAAUCUCUGGCGUUUGAUCGGAUACCCAAGUCAUCUCCUUCGACGUAAAAGUCUUUCCAUCUGAUUUUUCUGGCCUGUCAAUGCCCGAUACUGGAUAAAGCCUCGUCCGAUCCGUCCAAGUUUGGCAGCGAUCAAGUUUGAACUGUGAAUACAUUUUCGAAUUCCGAACCCUAUGGAUUAUUUGGAUUCGCUGUCUGGAGUCAUUGGCUAACGUUGAUCGAUUUUAUUAGAUGGUAUGCAUUGCUAGUCUGCGAAGUUUUAUCGUGCGGACUGGACAAUUGAGGCGCUCCUCAUCUUCGGGAAGGAAAAGCCAGAUUGGUUGUUUUCGGUGGGAUCUGGAUGCGAAACUGCGAGUGAACCUUCCACAGAAAAAUUACCUGAGGUUCAGUACUAUCGGAACGCUGAUGGCCGCGUCGGGCACAACGCUGGAUACUGGCGCCGUCUCUAAUACUUUUCCAGAGAAGGACUGUGAUGAGGAGAGCGAGGUGGGUUAUGCUAGCGGAGGUUGGAAAAGUGAGGAUGCUAGAUUGAGUUGUGGAUACUCGAGCUUUAGAGGAAAGAGAGCAAGCAUGGAGGACUUCUUUGACAUAAGGAACUCCACAAUAGAUGGGCAAACUGUUAAUCUCUUUGGAAUAUUUGACGGUCAUGGUGGUUCGCGUGCAGCAGAAUUUUUGAAGGAGCACUUAUUUGAAAACCUUCUUAAGCAUCCAGAAUUUUUAACUGACACAAAAAAGGCUAUAUGUGAGACUUAUAAAAAAACUGAUACCGACUUCCUAGAUUCUGAAAGUAAUACUUUCAGAGAUGAUGGUUCUACAGCUUCAACUGCAGUUCUAGUUGGCAAACGUUUAUAUGUAGCUAAUGUUGGAGAUUCACGUACUGUUAUAUCAAAAGCUGGCAAAGCUAUACCUCUUUCUGACGACCACAAGCCAAAUAGAAGCGAUGAGCGCAAGAGAAUUGAGGAUGCGGGAGGAGUUGUUAUGUGGGCAGGCACUUGGAGAGUUGGAGGUGUGCUUGCAAUGUCACGUGCCUUUGGUAAUCGCCUGCUAAAGCAAUAUGUAGUGGCAGAGCCUGAGAUUCAGGAAGAAGAAGUUGGUGAAGACUUAGACCUCUUGGUUCUGGCUAGUGAUGGAUUAUGGGAUGUUGUACCAAAUGACGAUGCAAUUUCUCUCGCAAGGACAGAAGAAGAAUCAGAGGCUGCUGCACGAAAGUUGACUGAGACUGCUUUCUCUCGUGGAAGUGCAGACAACAUAACAUGUAUUGUUGUAAGAUUUCAUCACUACGGAUAAAGAUAAUUCGUCUGCGGAUCACCAAUCAAUCUAAUUGUAUUUUCAAGGCAGGGUGGAGGGAGAGGUUUUUUGUGUGCUAGUUUGGUGCAUGUAUUUUUAUCAAUUCUGGACAUGUUCUUAGCAUUUUGUUCAUAUGUUGUAAAAUCAUAUUUUGUUUGGAUAUUCAUCGUACCAUUGUGCAUUCUUAGGGUGCGUAUGUUUUUUUU